ACCGGGAGGGAACGGGGGGGACGGAUGUGCUGCCCUGCCCCGCUUCCUUUGGUAGGGGCAGCCCAACCCCCCGCGGCUUGGGCUAUCCCUGGGCUCCGGAGUAAUUCCGGUUCCCCGGGAGCCAUGGCAGAGACGAUCCUGGUGACGGGCGGCGCCGGCUACAUCGGCAGCCACUGCGUGCUGGAGCUGCUGCAGGCGGGCUACGUGCCCGUGGUCAUCGACAACUUCCACAACGCCAUCCGAGGCUCAGAGGAGCUCCCCGAGAGCCUCCGGCGGGUGCAGGAGAUCGCGCACCGGCCCGUGCUCUUCCAGGAGCUCGACAUCACGGACGAGGCCGCGCUCCAGGAGCUCUUCAGAAAGCACCGUUUCUCGGCCGUGAUGCACUUUGCGGGGCUCAAGGCCGUGGGGGAGUCGGUGCAGAAGCCUUUGGAAUAUUACAGAGUGAACCUCACCGGGACCAUCCGGCUGCUGGAGACCAUGAAGGCCCACGGCGUGAGGAACAUCGUGUUCAGCAGCUCCGCCACCGUCUACGGGGACCCCAAGUACCUCCCCCUGGACGAGAAGCACCCGGUCGGGGGCUGCACCAACCCCUACGGCAAAUCCAAGUUCUUCAUCGAGGAGAUGAUCCGGGAUCUGUGCAGAGCAGAGAGGGACUGGAACGCCGUCCUCCUGCGCUACUUCAACCCCAUCGGCGCCCACGAGUCGGGGAUGAUCGGGGAGGAUCCUCAGGGCAUCCCCAACAACCUCAUGCCCUACGUGGCUCAGGUGGCAGUGGGACGCCGGGAAUUCCUGAGCGUCUUUGGGAACGACUACAAGACGGACGAUGGAACAGGAGUCAGGGAUUACAUCCACGUCGUGGAUCUGGCCAAGGGCCACAUCGCUGCUCUGAAGAAGCUCAAGGAGAACUGUGGCUGCAAGAUCUACAACCUGGGCACAGGCACCGGCUACUCCGUGCUGCAGAUGGUCCGGGCCAUGGAGAAAGCCUCGGGGAGGGAGAUCAAGUACCAGAUCACGGCCCGGCGGGAGGGGGACGUGGCCUCCUGCUACGCUGACCCCGCCCUGGCCGAGCGGGAGCUGGGCUGGAAAGCUGCCUUUGGCCUGGACAAGAUGUGUGAGGACCUGUGGCGGUGGCAGCUGCAGAACCCCACGGGCUUCAGCAAGAACUGAGCUGUGGCAAGGGCUGGCCGGGCCCAGAGCUGCUCUGAGCCAGCCCUGCCUCCUUCCCCGAGGGCUGUCACCAUCCUGGGAGGG